AUGUCCGCCAGUAUAGCUAGUGCCAGUGACAAUGCAGAUUCAUUUCAUUCAGAUAGCGAACCAGCUAUGAAAAAACAGAAAUUCAAGAGGAACUAUUUGGCAUGUCUCAACUGUCGUACCAGGAAGGUUAAGUGCGAUCUUGGCGAUGUUGACAAUCCUCAUGGUCCUCCAUGUGCAAGGUGCAAAAGAGAGAGAAAGGAAUGUGUUUUUGUCGUAAAUAAAAGAGGUGGAGUCAAGAACGUCAGGGCAGGCCGACUUAAGAAGAAACUGGCCGAUGAAAGAGCAAAUACAGAGGACAAGACUGGAUCAAUGGAUUCCGAUGGAACACAUUCUGGGUUGCCAAUAAGUACUCCUAGGCAGUUGUUACCGGCCCCUGGUUCUGGCUUCAGUAUGAGCACCCUUCCGGGUGCUCAUGCUCAUCCUGCUGGGUCCCAUGUACUACCUAUGGGGUCGACCGGCAGUUUGAAUGAGAAAGCCAUACCUCAAAUGCUCAACUCCAAGUCUUCCACGUCUUCUGCUGAUACAACCGUCUCAUCGAUCCCCAUACUGGCACGAUCACAUGGACUAUAUGACCAAUAUGGAUACAAUCUGAUAAACACACCUCGGAUGCACAUCGAUACACCCUCUGCCCAGUCAUCUGUAGUGACGCAAGAGCAAUCAACGAGACAGGUUCCACCCAUAAAAGGCUCUAACGCGGAACAGGCUGGAAUUGCGGCUACUGAUAAGGAGACAUCAUCAGCGAACCAAUAUAAAUCAUCCAAUGGUGUGGGCACAUCUUCUAGCGAUUCCUCCCAUCUCUACUCUGAUCAACCACUAACAAACAAUGCCACAAUGGUAUUCCUAGCGCAUAUUGCUGGUAAAAUUGCUCAUGCAGAUCAACGUGAUAGAAUUGACGGUAAAGUCAUGGUGGAACAACUGGAAGCUGACAUGAGAGAACGCAGAUCUAACAGUGCUGUAAGCGUUACUCCUGCAUCUCCAUCUAUAUUGACGAAACAUUCUCCGAUAUCUGCUGAACCAAGCUCAGAUUCGAUCGCUACCGAGCUGCCUAAGGAGAGCUUUGGCCAUGCAGGUGAUUUGUUUCCCUCUAUUCGUGAGGACAGACUUGAAAUGCCUCCCAUCCAAUCCACACUCUCUAUGAGAAUUUCUCCAACUGCCCGUCUCUCUGAUAUCGAAUACAUAGGUACUGAUGGCAUCAUGACCGAACCUGAGGCAAGAAGGCUCAUCAAACUAUUCUUCACUACGAUGCAUCCCUUCUUCCCAUAUAUUCCCAAAGAACUUCAUGAUCCUGAUGUACUACCGGGAUAUCCCAUGCUGUUGUGCGCCAUAUUAACUGUAGCAGCAAGAUACCAUUCAUUUUUAGAAGGGGAUAAUACCGAGAAUGCGGACUCGGCCACUGUUUCUUCCUUUGCUCGUAUCAACCCUCCCAAGGCUGGCGAAUCAUAUCCAACUUCAAAGUCUCCAGAUCGGCAUCUAAAAGUGCAUGAACAACUUUGGAUAUAUUGCCAACGUCUCUUCAGUAUGACUGUCUGGGGAGAGAGUAGCAGCAGAUCAAUAGGUACCCUUCUAUCAUUUCUUCUCUUUACUGAAUGGAACCCGAGAGCUAUUCAUUUCCGUUGGAGUGACUAUGCAAAUACACCAGAGGACGAACCUGCACAGCAUGAAGAAUAUGCCGGCCUUAGCGCCAUGAAACGGUCCGAGCUUAUGUCUUUCAUGCUUAUUGGUACCGCUACCAGACUCAGCUUUCUUUUGCCAGACCAUCCCCUAACUUUCUUGGCUACCCAUGUUUCUGAGACUCAUGCAGCGAUUGGUCUUAAUAAACGCAGUAUGCUAGCAGAGACUCUAGCGGAGGCAGACGUGAAUUCUCCUCAUUGGGGAUUCACCAACAUCCAAAAGGCCACUAUUGAGCUGCUCCAAUUCUUCUCACUCUGUUAUGGAACAUUGUAUGGACAUCACCCUAAGUUUGGUAGUCUGAACAGAUAUCAAAAUUUGGCCAUAUUGGACAUUCUAUCUCCCAUAUUGGAGAAUUGGUACCAGAAAUAUCACAGAUUACUGAAGCCAUCCAAACCUCAUGCAGUAAAUUUUGGCCACCAGUCAUCCAAAUCUCAAGACCAGAUCGACUGGCUAGCACUGUCACCCAAAACACGUAAAGAUCUCGCCAACCAGAUUCAAAGGGAAUCCUUGAUUUUGGACUACUACUACACUAAACUUUACCUAUACUCUCUCGCCUUAAGUGGUGAUACUUCUGUUUCUAUCAAUAUGGCAAACUCGAAAAAAGGUCGUAACCUUCGGUUGGACGAACUUGUUCGUUACUCGAGGUAUGUUGAGUUGGCCUACAAGGCUGCCAAGGAAGUAUUGGCUGUGACACAGCGCGUUCAUCGAUUAAGACUGCUAAAGUUUAUGCCUGUUAGGUGGGUCACAAGAAUUAUAAAGUCUGUGUCAUUCAUUGUGAAAUGCUAUUUGACAUUGACCACAAAUACACCGAAGCCGGGAUCCGACACAGCCAAAGUCGGAGCAGCCGCUGGUGGCGAGCAAUCGGCCAUUUUACAUCUGUCGGUAAUUCCCGUAGAAGAGAUCGUGAGUCUGCUUCAAAAGACUGCUAUCUGCCUCCGAGAUGCCGCACCUGACGAGUUGCACCUAUGUACUAGGUACUCAACCAUUCUUAUGUAUCUCUGCUCCCAAUUUAAGUCGAAGAUGCGGGACAGCAGAGAGCGAUUAGUAGUUGAUUACGAAUCCCAGAUCCAGCAUCGUGAAGAUGCUGAAGAGGCUCAAACGGUAAAGAAUGCUGAACUGAAUGCAUCAGUUCAGGCCACUCAAUCAAGUGACAGGAGCAAAGUAUUGCAUCCUGCUGCAACUGAUGUAUCACCAACCUCUAUAGAACGGUCUGCUUUCCAUUCCUUAGGAACUGCUGUUAACGAUGGUAUUGAAGGAAGUAGCAGCUCGCCGUUUCAGAUGCACGCGCCCCCUGAUAUCUCGUUGGACCCGGAGGCACAAGCCAAUGCUGCACGUAUUAAUAGCUCUGAUUUCACGAAUGCCGACCAGGAAAUCUUUGACGAGUAUUUUUCAAAUACCGAUCCAUCAGAAACUCUAUUCACCUGGUUUGCAUCCAACAACAGCCCUGGUUUGGAUUUUGUGGACCAAUUCACUAAGGAGAUGGAAAUGGAGUUCAUAAAUAAAGGUGGCAAUAACUUGGGAAAGCGCAGCACCGAGGAGUCUAAUGUCAACCAAGAAUCAGAAUCCAACAAUUCUACAACUAAUAACUAA